UGCAAAGAGCAGAGCAGGGUGACCCUGGGAGGACACAGACACACUCUUAAAGUGUGAGGGAGGGUUCAGACCAGAAGCGAUCUGGGUGCCUAUAAAUUUGCAUUUUUUGGGUUUGGACUUUUUAGCCAACCAUCGGUACCCCAUACUCGUCGUUCCACCACAUAUUCCUUUUUCUCUUUUCUCUUUUCUCUUUUCUCUCUUCUCUCUCUCUCACACCACCCUUUCCCUUGUUUUUUGUUAUGUUGAUGUUGAUGUUGAUUCUGAUUUUGUUUCUUGUUUCCUCUCUUUAAUUCACAAAAAAACACUUUUCCUCUUCGUCAUGACUUCUCAACUUAUCUCUGUUAGUCCCGACGAGCUCAGGUUCCAUUUUGAGCUGGAGAAGCAAACAUUUUGCGAUCUUAAAGUCCUGAAUAACACACAGAACAAUGUUGCUUUUAAGGUCAAAACCACUUCACCUAAGAAGUACUUCGUACGACCAAACACUGGUGUUAUACAUCCCUGGGACUCAUGUAUCAUCAGAGUCACCCUCCAAGCCCAACGUGAAUAUCCUCCAGACAUGCAAUGCAAAGACAAGUUUCUCUUACAAAGUACAAUAGUGAAUCCAAAUACUGAUGUUGAUGAGCUUCCACCAGAUAUUUUUAAUAAGGAUAGUGGUAAUACAAUAGAGGAGUUAAAACUAAGAGUUGCAUAUAUCUCUCCUACCUCACCUGAAGGAAGCUCUGAAGAUGAUGCAUCGAAGAACUCCACUCAAAAACUUGAUAGCUCUUCUAGUCAGGCUUUACAGCACCUGAAGGAAGAAAGAGAUGCCGCCGCCAGACAAACGCGACAGCUGCAACAGGAACUGGACAUGCUGAAAAGGCAAAGAAACCGAAGAAGCGAUCCUGGCUUUUCCUUCACCUUCGCCAUUUUUGUGGGUGUACUUGGAAUUUUGCUUGGCUUUCUUCUGAAACUUCUAUUCUCUUCACCCCAGAAUGAUUGAUACUGUUGUAAACCUUUGCAUGCAGACUUUCCGGUGUUGUUCACUGUAAAAUUGUAAAGUUCUAUAUUCUUUUGAAAUGAGAUUUAAUUUUUUCAGUUUGCUUCCGGUGGGAUAAUGAACUGUAAAUUUUCUUCUAAAAGCAGGCAUAAGUGUACGUACACACAUUCACAUGUAUAAAGAGAAGAGGGAG